AUGGAUGGCAUUUUGAGGCUCAGUGCUGACGGAUUGGCAGCUUUGGGACAGUCUAGCUCUCAGCCAACAGAUGGGCCGGUUCCGGACAGUGCAGAACAGGUGUACAUCAGUAGUCUAGCUCUACUUAAAAUGCUUAAACAUGGUAGAGCAGGAGUACCGAUGGAGGUCAUGGGCCUGAUGCUAGGAGAGUUCGUUGAUGAUUACACUGUUACAGUUGUCGACGUCUUUGCAAUGCCACAGUCGGGUACAGGUGUUAGUGUGGAGGCUGUGGAUCCUGUAUUUCAAGCAAAGAUGUUGGAUAUGCUAAAACAGACUGGAAGACCAGAAAUGGUAGUUGGUUGGUAUCAUUCUCAUCCGGGGUUUGGUUGUUGGCUGUCCGGCGUUGAUAUGAACACACAACAAAGCUUUGAAGCUCUUUCAUCUCGCGCCGUGGCUGUCGUGGUAGAUCCAAUUCAGAGUGUGAAAGGAAAGGUAAGUUCUGAGACCUUCAAGUUCAUCUUUGGUUUAGCUUACCGUUUAAUCCAAGUGAAACGUGCCAGAUCGAUGCCUGGGGUGGUUAUUGACGGACUCCCUCAAGCCGUGCUAAAGGUGUUUAAACAGGCUUUGUCGUCCGCAUUUGUCAAAUCCACGGGAGAAUCUCAGUCAUCGCAAAUACGAUUGUCGGAUUAUCUUCCGGAUGACUUGAUCGCUUCCUUGCUCCCAUUCCAGCGUGAUGGUGUCAGUUUGGCACUAGCUCGAAAGGGUCGCGUCCUGUUGGCUGACGAUAUGGGCCUCGGGAAAACUGUACAGUCACUUGCCCUGGCCGUCGCGUUCCGAUCAGAUUGGCCACUGCUCAUUGUGGCACCGUCCUCCGUUCGUUUCUCGUGGCGUGAUCAUUGCCUUCGUUGGUUGUCCGGUCCGACACAGAUCACAACUAGUGAUAUCCUGGUCGUCGCCACGGGUCGUGAUCUGGACAGUGUCAAUCGGUACACAACCAGUCUGGUCACAAUUAUGAGUUACGACUUAAUGGCGAAAUUCUCGGGACAGCUUGAACUGUGCAAAUUCGGAAUGGUGAUUAUGGAUGAAUCACACUUUUUGAAGAACAUCAAAGCUGCUCGUACAAAAGCAGCCCUACAAAUCGUGAAGCGAAUGAAACGAGUUGUCUUACUCAGUGGCACACCAGCGGUUUCCCGUCCGGCUGAGUUGUAUCCACAAAUUCAGGCUGUGUCGCCUACCUUGUUCCGGGGUGGAUUUCAUGAAUUCGGUUUACGUUACUGCGCCGCCAAGGAAUGCCCUUGGGGAUGGGACUAUUCCGGUUGCUCGAACAUGAGUGAAUUGCAACUUCUGCUCGAGGCGUCCGUCAUGAUCCGACGUAUCAAGUCGGACGUGUUGAGUCAACUUCCACCGAAGCGUCGUGAACUGGUCGUGUUGGAUCCAAGUGCAAUCCGAUCUGCACGGUUAAAACGACACGCAAAGGCGAUGGCCUCUACCACUCUGUCAUCGGAGCAGAGAAAAAGUGCAAUGUUGGAAUACUUUCACGAAACUGCCUCGGUCAAAAUUGCAGCUCUUCGACAAUAUGUCCUCGAUUUGGUGGAGAUGGGACGCAAAUUUCUUCUCUACGCUCAUCACACUGAAGUCCUCGAUGCCCUGUCCAAUGUCCUCUCCGAAAAGUCAGUUGCCCAUAUACGCAUUGAUGGUCGGACGAACUCGGAACAGCGUUCGGUCGUGUGCAAAAAGUUCCAACAGGAAGAAGAUUGUCGGGUCGCUUUACUUUCAAUUACUGCGGCGGGAACAGGACUGAAUCUAACUGCUGCCAACCUGGUGGUCUUUGGUGAAUUGUUCUGGAAUCCGGGUGCACUGGUUCAAGCGGAAGAUCGAGCCUACCGUAUUGGACAACAAGAUUCCGUGGUGGUUCGAUACUUGAUUGCAGAGGGUACAGUGGAUGACUAUAUCUGGUUAGUUUUCUUCUUUUUCUCCCUCCCAUCUUCUGCACGUGAGCUGUGCGAGAUCGAAUGA